GGACCUGCCCUAGGAGGUCUGCAUCCUUUUCUCAUCAGACUCCCAACCCUCUCUGAUGGAGAUGCCUCUCCCCACAACAGAUGUCAAAGCUUUCAGAGAUCUAGGAAGGCAUCCCUUGAGACUGUGCCAUCUCCACACCUCCUACUAAGCCUGGGAGAAGAAAAGACCUUUUGUGGAAGGCUGGGCUGUUGGGGGAGGGGGGGGGAAGAGGGCUCCCCCAGGUCAGCGGUAAAAACUCACCCCUGCGUUCCGCCCCCCAUCCCACCUCUCCUUCCUGGCCCCGCAGACCCCGCUCCCAGGCACCCGGGCCCACAUCCUGCCUUGCUGACUGUGUGUGCUCACAGCGUCAAGGGGUGGACGCGAUAUUUCAAACAUCAGAUCAGUGCGUUUAUAUAUUGGGUGCCCGGAAAUUUUUCCAAAUAAACACAGCUUGAUUCAACUUGGGUGGGCGGACUUAUCAACAGACUAAUUCUAUAAACAAAUGAAGGAAUAGCCCCGACACCGAUUGGCUGGUAUCGAAAAGACACGUGGAGGGAAAAGCUCGGAGUUUUUUUCGGCAAUGAAAUUUUAAUUAAUGUGGGUGGGCUGAGAACACAACGACUGUUUAUCAUAGACAAUUUAUUUUCCAGCGCUAAGUCAACAUAUAAUAGCAAACUUACAACAAUUAUUUAACAUUUUCUAAAGCCAUGAAGAAGGGACAGAGCGCGGAGCGGCCGGGGAGAGCGGCGGCGGAGCGGGAGGCAGACGCGCGGCGGCAGGCGCCCCGGGAGGGUCCUCGCGGCGCGGGGCGCGGUCCCUAAGCCGCAGGGGCUUCUGGCUUCGCGGGGAGCUCGGCCUCCGGCGCGCCCUCGCCAUGAGCCACCUCUUCGGCCCCCGGCUGCCGGCCCUGGCGGCCUCGCCCAUGCUCUAUCUGUACGGCCCCGAGAGACCCGGGCUGCCUCUGGCCUUCGCCCCGGCGGCGGCCGCCCUGGCGGCCACGGGCCGGGGGGCAGAGCCCCCCCAGAAGCCUCCCUACAGCUACAUCGCGCUCAUCGCCAUGGCGAUCCAGGACGCGCCCGAGCAGAGGGUCACCCUGAACGGCAUCUACCAGUUCAUCAUGGACCGCUUCCCUUUCUACCACGACAACCGGCAGGGCUGGCAGAACAGCAUCCGCCACAACCUCUCGCUCAACGACUGCUUCGUCAAGGUGCCCCGCGAGAAGGGGCGGCCGGGCAAGGGCAGCUACUGGACGCUGGACCCCCGCUGCCUGGACAUGUUCGAGAACGGCAACUACCGCCGCCGGAAGAGGAAGCCCAAGACGGGCGCCGCCGGGCCCCCGGAGGCCAAGCGGUCCCGCGCGGAGGAGACGCCGGAGCGCACUGCGGUGGCGCAGCCCGAGGCGGGGAGCGGGGAAGGGCGGCCCCGGCCCGCGACCCCCCGCCACGAGGGAGCGCCCUCGCGCUCCUGGCCCCUCCCGGAGGGCUCCCCGCCGGCGUCUCUCCUUGGUCCCCCCGGGCUCGAGCCCCCAGAGGUGGAUGCGGGGGGCGGUGCCGUCCAGGUCGCGGCGGCGGCGGCGGCGGCGGCGGGCCAGCAGGCGCGCCCGGUGGAUGGCCCGGGGACCCCCGCGCGCCCCGGCGCCUGCUGCAGCUCUCCGAGGAGCGCCGCCGACAAGCCCAAGAGCUUCAGCAUAGAGAGCAUCCUGGCCGGACGGCAGGGCCAGAAGCCGGCUGCAGGGGCCGAGCUCCUGGCGGGUGCCAAGCUGGAUCCCGGCGGCGGCGGCUGUUUGGGGACCUCGCUUCUGGCCGCCUCCACUGGUCUCUGCCCGCCUUUCAACGCUUCCCUCAUGCUGGACCCGCACGUCCAGGGCGGCUUUUACCAGCUCGGGAUCCCCUUCCUCUCCUACUUCCCUCUGCAGCUCCCCGACACCCUGCUCCACUUCCAGUAAAAAGUGCACAGCGGAGCCGUUCUUCCCCCCAUGUCUGCCCGGGUCUGGGCUUCUCCCGAGUCACCGGGGCUCCCACUGCUGGGGGAAGGAGACUGAAAAACCAGCAAAAAAGCAUCUUUUCCUCGCGGAAGUGUGGAUCCUGAGAUGUGUUUCCAACUUAUGCGCGCAGGUGUG